CAGUACUACUAAUGAAGAAAGGGGUCCAUGAGGAAGCAGUGCUCAAGCAAGUUCUUAGCUAAAGUGAAGUAGAGUGAGAGUAGAGAGAGAGAAAGGGCAGAGGUGUUGCGCAACAACAACACACUGCAAAACAUUUGUGCUUGGAGCGGCCAAAAGGUUAGAAAUGGCACUGGGUGUGUCUACAUAAAGACAUAAAGUUAUCUUUGCAGUCGUUACCUUUUGCCUUAAUAAAAGCUUUCCAGGGGUGAACUCUUAUCAUGCAUUAUUCUGUACAACGAGCAGAAAGUCAAAGUUCAUUUAGUUAAUGAGUAUCUUUAAAGUAAAGCUGUUAAAAAGACCACAGCUGGUUUACCUACAGACACACAGCCACCAUGGAGCUGCGUCUCUCUGUCUGCGUCCUGCUGCUACUUUGUGGUGCAGAAAACUCAAAUGGAGGGAAGAUUUUGGUGUGGUACACUGAAGCCAGCCACUGGAUCAACAUGAAAUUGGUACUGGAAACACUGGUGGACAGAGGACACCAGGUGACGGUCCUGGUCCCGAGUGCGUCGAUGUUCAUGAACAGCAGCGAACCGUCUCGCUUCCAGUACGAACCUUUUGACGUCGACGUCUCAGUAAAAGAUAUAGAAAAGGCUUUUGAUGAUCUUCUUCACUUCUCCAUUUAUGAGAUGGAUUUUAUGAACCCCAUUCAGAUUUACAUUAAAUUUACAGAUUUAUUAAAGAACAACAUGAACAUUUCUUUAAAGUUUUUGGAUGGCGUUGUGAAAUCAGAACCCAUCAUGAAGAAGCUGAAGGAGGGAAACUACGACCUGCUAUUUGCUGAUCCGAUCUACCCUGGCUAUGACCUGACUGCAGAAAUUCUGGGAAUUCCUUUUGUUCUUUCUUUGCGUUUUUCCUUGGCUCACCACUGGGAGAGGAUGUGUGGUCAGCUUCCUGCUCCACCGUCCUUCGUCCCGGCUGCUAUGAGUAAACUCACAGACAAGAUGGAUUUCUCAGAGAGAUUGUUCAACGUUCUCUUCUAUGCUCUGCAAGACAUCGUAAUAAACCAGUUCAUGAUGAAAGAUAUUGACAAAUAUUAUUCUGAAGUCACAGGUAACCACUGGAUCAAUAUGAAGCCGGUACUGGAAACACUGGUGGACAGAGGACACCAGGUGACGGUCCUGAUCCCGAGUGCGUCGAUGUUCAUGAACAGUAGCGAACCGUCUCGCUUCCAGUACGAACCUUUUAACAUCUCUGUCUCCCUGAAGGAUGUGGAAAAGUUUGUUCAGGAGUUUCUUCACUUCGGCAUUUACGAGAUGGAUUUUAUGGGCUAUUUUCAGAUUUACAUUAGAUUUAUAGAACUGAUAAAGAACAACAUCAAUGUUUCUUUCAGUAUGUUGGAUGGAGUUGUAAAAUCAGAAACAAUCAUGAAGAAGCUGAAGGAGGGAAACUACGAUGUGCUUUUUUCUGAUCCCGUCUAUCCUGGCAGCGAUCUGACUGCGGACAUUUUGGACAUUCCUCUCGUCUACUCUUUGCGGUUUUCCAUGGCUCAUAAUUGGGAAAGAAUGUGUGGUCAGCUUCCUGCUCCACCGUCCUUCGUCCCGGCUGCUAUGAGCAAACUCACAGACAAGAUGGAUUUCUCAGAGAGACUGUGGAACGUCCUCUUCUACGCUCUGCAGGACGUCGUAAUGAACCAGUUUAUUUGGAAAGAAGUUGACAAAUAUUACUCUGAAGUCAGAGGAACACCCACCAGUGCCUGUGAGUUGAUGGGUAAGGCUGAUAUCUGGCUGCUGAGAACCUACUGGGAUUUUGAUUUUCCUCGUCCACUCCUCCCCAACUUCAAAUUCAUUGGAGGGAUCCACUGCAAACCAGCUAAACCUUUACCAGAGGAAAUGGAAAAGUUUGUCCAGAGCUCUGGAGAUGCUGGUAUCGUUGUUUUCUCUUUAGGAUCGAUGGUCAAGAACCUGACCACAGAGAAAGCGAACAUGAUCGCAUCGGCCCUCGCUCAGAUCCCACAAAAGGUGCUCUGGAGAUACAGCGGAGAAAAACCUCAAACUCUGGGUUCCAAUACAAGAGUUUAUGACUGGAUUCCCCAGAAUGACCUGCUGGGUCAUCCUAAAACCAAGGCUUUCAUCACUCACGGUGGAACAAACGGGAUCUAUGAGGCCAUCUACCACGGCGUUCCCAUGGUGGGAAUCCCCAUGUUUGGUGACCAGCCAGACAACAUGGUGCAUAUGGAGGCUAAAGGAGCUGCAGUUACUGUUAAACUGAACUUUAUGACUAUUGAGAGCCUGAGAGACGCUGUCAACACCAUCAUCAAUGACAAAUCAUACAAAGAAAACGUGAUGCGACUGUCUAGAAUCCACCAUGACAGACCCAUUAGUCCUCGAGACGAGGCCGUCUUCUGGAUCGAGUUCACCAUGAGGAACAAAGGAGCCAAACACCUGAGGGUCCAGGCCCACGAACUCACCUGGUACCAGUACCACAGCCUGGACGUCCUAGCCUUCCUCCUUAUUAUUGGUCUGCUCCUCAUCUUCAUCCUCUUCAAGAGCUGCAGCUUCUGUUUCAAGAGAUGCUGCAGCAGAAAACAGACAAAGAGAAAAGCUGAAUGAAAAUAUUGAAGUGAGAGUUGUGUUUGUAGCACUUUUCUGCUUAAGAGCUAUCUUAAUUUAAAAAAAAUUUACAUGUGUGAUGAUCAUGACUAAUGUUUACAUUUUCUGAUACAUAUCCAUUUGAAAUAUCAAAUACAAACAUCUUUAAAGCCAAAAAGCAUUUCACCUAAGCAUGACCAGGCCACCAUUAUGCUUAUCUGUGAGGAGAGUAUGUUCAGUAGCAAGAUUUUUAAAAACAUCUUUUGUUUGUUUCAAUGUAUUUAAAAGCUUCUUAAUUGUACUGUAACGCAAGCCAAGUUAAAGCUGAUCAUUAAAAAGUGCUAUAUAAAUUUAA